CACAAAGGUAAACCCAUUGCUUGUCCUUUGUAGAAUCACACAUAGGGAGAAGCUAUAAUGGUGUCCUGAUUUCUUUAUUUCAAAACUCUUAUCUUGUAGCCAAAAUCAUCUAAUUAUCUUAUGCUGUUUACAAUUUUGCAGUGGGCUUAAAUCCAAAUUAUCUGUGCCAUGGAAAUUAUUACAUUUGUAACAUCAAUUUCGGAAUACCUAAAAGUAUGUGCUUUCUAACCUUAAAUCAGAACAAGAUGGAAGACUAACAUGUUUAUUUUUACAUGUCUCUUUAAGGAAGUAAAUAAUUUUUUUAAAUCUAUAAUUCAGGUCACAGAGUAAAUCAGUUUAUAAUUUUCGAGCUCCUUUUUAACUAAACCACAAGGCGGAGACAAAAUAAAUGCGUAUAGGCAACAAAAUAUAUUUUCAUGUUCAAUAACAUAGCAACAGAAAAACUCUUUUUUGCAGUAGGUGGAAGGGAAAUUUCUUGUAGAGGAACCAAAAAUAUCCAAUAUAAAGCAAAAAUGCUUGUGAUAGACCUGUUCUUUAUAUUAUGGAAUUAGUAUAUAUCGUAUUUGUUAGGUAUGUCCAGUGCAUUUAUUUGCUGUUUUUAUUGGCGUCAUUUCAAACUAACAUGCAGCAAUAGUAAAACUUUAAUUUUUAGUGACAGUAUCUGCUGCUUCUAUUCUAUGCUUAUUAUAUUAAUUUAUCGGUGGAAAAGAUGUAUAAUGUGAAGAGCACAUAUACCGUAUGUGGUGCUAGUAAGAAGAUUUACUUGGAAGUAAUAGCAGAGAAAACUACAUAACCAUAUCUUGUUGCUUGAAUGUAGGACAAUGUGGCAGGUUGAAACACGACUACUGGAGAAUGAUAGUAACAAAUCAAAUUUGAUUUAAUGAAGAAUUAAGAGUAUGUCAAAUUCGGAGAAUGCUUGCUACUGAUUCUUUUCAAGAGAUAUUGUUCCGGUGUCUCUUUCAAGUAGUCCAUUGGACCGCCAAGGUUGCAGAUGUUAGUAUUGUUACAGUGCUGCAAGGCGUGGUGAAAACUGGUGCUUACCGCUACGAGGACGGGACGCGAUAUGUGGGCGAUUGGAACCAGCGGGGUCAGAAGCAUGGAAUGGGGCAUCUCUCUCUGCCCGACGGCACGCGAUACGAUGGUUCCUUCCAGAACGGGCUCUGCUCUGGUCUCGGCGUCAUGUGCUUUUGCGAUGGGGCCAAGUACGAGGGCGAGUUUAUGCAGGGAUGGUUCCACGGACAUGGUGUCUUCUGGAGAUCCGAUGGCAUGAAGUAUGAGGGAGAAUUUCGUGGUGGUCGUAUCUGGGGUCUUGGUCUAGUGACCUUCAGCGACAACAGUCAUGGUUUUCCCAGGAACGAAGGAUUCUUCCAGGACUGCCGUCUUGUGCGUAAGAAGCGCUGUCCAGAAGUGGUUCAGCGCGCACAGAAAGUUGCGCUCAUGGCUCGUGCGCAGUGCAACUAACCAGUUGUGGCAUACAUCAUUUAUUGUUAUUUGCUACGAUUUCGGUCUUCAUAUUACCGAUAUAUUGUUAAUUGCUGGAAAAUGUUCAAUUAUUCUUAAAAUGCAUCAAGAAUUUUAACAUUUUAAACUCCGUUUGAAAGCUGAUGAUUGCAUAUCGAUGAACCGCAAUAAGAUAAAAUGAAUCUGACAUUGAAGAAUAAUUAAGGAAAGAAGUUGAGAGAAGCAGUUUCAAGAAUUUCAGUUAUUACUGGUUUUGUUUCAGAAAAAUAUACAAUGACCCCAAUAAGUUAUGUUAACCUGAUUCUAACUGUAAGAAGCAUUUUUAAUAAAUUGUCAUAAAAUGUUA